AACUGUCAAAAGGAGCGGCCUAAUCUACCACAGCCCAAGUGGUUGUCAUUUUUAGUCAGGUUACUUUACGUGUAAAGGCUUCAUACAACCUUUUGACCUAUAUACAGUAUAUACAAUUGUAUAUAAAUUAAGAAACCACUUGCAUCUUGUGGCACUGCGAUGGCUGAUCCCAAAUACGCCAAUUUGCCAGGCAUCGCCUUUAAUGAGCCUGAUGUCUAUGAGACCAGCGACCUACCCGAGGAUGACCAGGCCCAAUUUGAGUCGUUUGUGCAAGAGCUGGAGGAGCUAUGCAGCGACAGUGUGGAGCGCAUCGUGGUCAACCCCAACGCGGCCUACGACAAGUUCAAGGACAAGCGGGUCAGCACCAAGGGCCUGGACUUCUCUGACCGCAUCACUAAGAACCGGCGAGUGGGCUACGAGUCUGGAGAGUUUGAGAUUUUGGCCGAUGGCUGUGGGGUGAAGGAGACUCCUCAGCAGAAGUAUCAGCGGCUGCUCAACGAGAUUCAGGAGCUGACUCAGGAGGUGGACAACAUCCAGGCGACCACGCGGGAGAGCAGUGCUGAGGAGCGCCUGACCCCCGUGGCGCUGGCCCAGCAGGCGGCCCAGUUGAAGCAGCAGCUGGUGUCGGCUCACCUGGACUCACUGCUCGGCCCGCAGGCCCACAUCGACCUGGCCGACCCAGAUGGAGCCCUCGCCAAGCGCUUGUUGACACAGCUGGAGGCGGCGCGGUCCAGCCGUGGCCCGGCGUCCGGCGAGGGGAAGGCGGCGGCAGCAGCGGGGGCCAAGAGCCCAGAUGGAGUGGUGCUGUAUGAGCUGCACAGCCGGCCCGAGCAGGAGAAGUUCUCCGAGGCCGCCAAGAUGGCUGACCUGGAGAAGCGGCUGGCAGAACUGGAGACGGCUGUUGGGUCGGGCUCCGAUAAACAGGGUCCCCUCAGUGCAGCGGGAGGAGGGAGUCUGAUGGACACCCUGGAGCUCCUCCAAGCCAGGGUCAAUGCCCUGGAUGCGGCUACUCUGGACCAGGUGGAAGCCAGACUCCAGAGCGUGCUGGGGAAGAUGAACGAGAUUGCCAAGCACAAGGCGGCCAUCGAGGACGCCGACACACAGAACAAGGUGUGUCAGCUCUACGAUGUCGUCCAGAAGUGGGACGCCAUGGCAACCUCUCUCCCUCAGGUGGUGCAGAGGCUGAUUGCGGUGAAGGAGUUGCAUGAGCAAGCCAUGCAGUUUGGCCAGCUGCUCACCCACUUGGACACCACGCAGCAGAUGAUCAACAACUCCCUGAAGGACAACAGCACACUGCUAACACAGGUGCAGCAGACCAUGAAGGAAAACCUGAAGUCUGUGGAGGAGAACUUCUCUACUUUAGACCAGAGGAUGAAGAAGCUCUCCAAAUAAGUAGACAUGUUGUUAGGUUUUUAUUUUUUACUGGAAGAAGAGAAAGAAAGAAUAGAAGGGGGACAAAAAGAAAGAGAGGCAGACUGCUUCUUCCUUUUUUAAACUCCCCUCUUUAUUUUCACAUUCUCUCUCUCCCUCCCUCCACCUCAGCCUUUUCUUCUUUGCGAUGCAGAAUGUUCUCGUUGGAAUCCACCUAGAACAGGGAUGAGAGAGUUGUGACCAAAUACCACACACUACAGUAGCUUGUAUGCCUGCUAUUGCCUCAGUCAGAUCUAGAGAUCUGGCCUCUGUACUGUACAUCCCCCCCUGAGUAUUUAAUCUCCCAUACACCAAUCAAUUACUUAGUCUCCAUAAAGCACUUGAUGGCUAUUUAUCAGAGAUCCUUUUUUAUUAUUAUUAAGGAAUUCUACACAAUGCAAGUAGUCAAUUUUGUUGGCGCCCUUUUAAAACAAAAACAUGUUGGGAUAUUAGAUUCAGGUUGCAAUGUAAAUUUUAUCUUCUGGUAAGAUGUCGUUACAGAAUUAAUGUCUGUCAUGCGGUUUUCUUACAGGGGUCAAAAAAACGGCACAAAGAACUGGGGUAUCAUUUCAGAUAGCAAAAAGAAAAUCCACCGCGUUACUGUGGAUCACUUGUUUUUUGUUUUGUUUUUGACAGGAGGUGAUUUGGGAAGGAAUGCUUGUAAAUAUGCCUGCGUACCUUAAUGUGUUUUCUGCUCAGUUGCUUGUAACUGCUAUUAUUAUAUUAUUACUGAAACUACAUGCCACAAACAAGACAAUGUCCAAUCUGCUUUGUUAUUGCCUACAACAGAUCAUUGAUGUUGGGAAAAUAAACACAUGCUUUAACCCGA